GGUAGCACUCGGCCGCUUGACUCACCAAUAGCCUCGCUGCCGCCUUCAUCCUCAGCAGGCUGACCCGUAGCAACCAAGUGCAACCUGCUGCCUACGACUCCGCCUUCUUCCACCAUCCUGCCUCCAAAAAGACCUCUCCUGCCUCCUUCGCCUUCACUCCGACAACUCCAAAACUCCCAUCCUCGUCAGCACAAUGAGCACCAAUCGGGCCCGUCGUAUCCAGAAGGAGAUUGCCGACAUCAAGCAGGACAGCCUCUCGCAGAUCAUAAUCGACAUUGCAGGCGCUGACGAUGACAUCUCACAUCUGCGGGGCCAAUUCAAGGGGCCGCCAGACACACCGUACGAGGGAGGUGUCUUCAGCGUCGACAUCCGGAUGCCGCCAGAGUACCCUUUCCGCCCCCCAAUCAUGAAGUUCGACACCAAGAUCUGGCAUCCCAACGUGAGCAGUCAAACAGGAGCUAUCUGCCUUGACACGCUGUCGUCCCAAUGGUCGCCCGUCCUCACAAUCAAGUCCGCCCUCAUAUCCCUACAAUCCCUCCUGAGCACGCCAGAGCCAAAAGACCCACAGGACGCAGAAGUGGCAAGCAUGCUACUAAAGAACCCGGCGGAAUUCGAGCACGUUGCCCGCGACUGGUCCGUGAAGUACGCUGGAGCACCCAAGAGGGAGCGGGGCGAGGGCAGCGGAGGGGCAACAGCAGAGACGAUCAAGCAGAAGGCGGCGAUGCAGAAGCAGAACGAGGAGAAAGCCAAGCUAGCUGCCUAUCACGGGUACAACAAAGAUCUCAUCGACCGCUUCGUCGCCAUGGGCUUCGACGUCGAGGGCGUCGUCGCCGCCUUCGAGUACGUUGGCAUCGACAAGAUGGGCGGCGAGGACUACGAGCUGGAGGAAGCAUAUAUGGGCGAUAUCACGGCACGGCUGUUCAACGAGGCGUAGGUGGACGAUUGCGGGGUUCGUUCCGGUUCUCCAAUCUCCAACCCUCCCUGCAACGUCGCCGCCACAUUAGUCCAUUUCAUUACACCAUCCCAAGACACGUUUUACGGAAAUUCAUCACAUGCCCAUU